UCAGCAGCAUCAGCCUGUUGGCCGCCUGUCAAAGCCGCCAGAGCAGAGGUGGGAGGACGAGCGAGCGGCACGCGAGUGUGGACGCAGUCCGGAUGGUUAAAUCGAACCUACAAACGAUUUUGAAUAGUCACUGCUUCGCUAGAGAAAAAGAGAGACAUUUAUCCAAGAUGCCCGUCAUCGAACAGACCAGUAAUAAACAGGAAAGUGAAAGUAUCUCCAGUCCCAGGAGUUGCUCCUGCUGUUGCAGUAACCCGUGUCCGGGGCCUCUGUGGUGCUCCGAUGCCCCUCACCCACCCCUGAAGAUCCCAGGUGGGCGAGGGAAUGACCAGCGGGAUCGCAAUCUUUCAGCUAAGCUAUUCUAUUCCGAUGCUCAGUUACUGGUUCUUGAGGAGCCCAGCCCGGCCAACAGCCGAGUGCGCUUCUUGCUCUUUGAGCCGCGCUUCCCAGACGGCAAGAAAUGCGUUUGGAGGGCGGCGCUCAAAGCGGGCAACCUCUACAUUGAAAUCCCCCCCGGAGCUUUGCCCGAUGGCAGCAAAGACAGUUUUGCUCUCGUGCUGGAGUUUGCCGAGGAGCAGCUGCAGGGCGAUCACGUCUUCAUCUGUUUCCACAAGAGCCGCGACGAUCGAGCAUCCCUGCUGCGCACAUUCAGUUUCCUGGGCUUUGAGAUUGUGAGACCGGGCCAUCCCCUCGUCCCCGCCCGCCCCGACGCUUUCUUCAUGGCUUACAGCAUCGAGCGAGACUCCUCCUCCGACGACGACUAAAACGAGCGGUCGCACGCCAGCCUUUCUCAUCCACUUGAACCUAUCGUAAUCAAAUAAGACAUAUAGAUCUCUUUUAGUCACCUGUGUAACGGCAUUUGACUUUCUUUGACGUCUAGUGACGACUUCCUCUUCACCCCAUCAUCAUCGCCGCCAUCGUCAUCUGCACAGGCUGAUAUUUAUGAUUAAAUUUCAAUUCAAUCGUACGCCUCCAGGUAGAUUUGUUUUCAUAGUAAUUGCGAGUUGAUUCUCCUGUUGAUAUGGAUUGUAUUGUUUUCUAUGUGUGCAUGAUUUUCAAUUGAUGCUUUGAUUCACGUGAUAGAAAUCUGCAUGAUGAAACUGAACCAAUUAAAAGUGCUCACCUCAUA